AUGGCAUGGUACUCGAUCCUCCCGUCUCACCUGACAGCCUACGAGACAUGGAUCAUCCGGGCGUUUCUCGUCCUCGCAAUCAUCAAUAUCGCCCCCUGGAUCAUCGCCAUCGUCUACGACCUCAUCUACUACGUCGGCCGCAGGGCGUGGCAUGAAGUCCCCAUCUGGGGCGGCCGGGCCCGGGGCCAGAGAAGACCUCGUGCGCCUAGUUUGCGCGACAGGACGAGGAAUGCGAGUAUUGCGGAGAUGAUCAAGUCGGCUGCGCAUCCUGCUGAGGAUGGACAGAGCGCAGGGGAUGGCCAUCACAAGACACAUGUCGUGGAUGCUGGGACUGGGAGUGAUGAUGAGGGUGACGGUGAGGGUGUGGAGGGUGAUACGUGA